AUGCCGGAUACACACACAACCGGCAGCGGUAGAGAUGCUGCGAGCGCCCACACCUGGGCUCUCGUCGAUGAUUCGCGUCUCGAGCACUCGCCACAGCAGACUCCGGUACAGCACAAAAAAAAAGCAACAAUGAAUCCCCUCGUUUCUGUGGUCCUCUUGGCCACGGCAACGGCCGUCUUCGGAGGUUUCUCUGGUGGAGGUGGUGGUUACGGAGGCGGUGGAGGUGGAGGUGGUUGGCAACAGGGUGGAGGCGGCGGCGGCGGCGGUGGUUGGCAACAAGGUGGUGGUGGUGGCGGUGGUCACGGAGGCGGUGGAGGUGGCGAACAGAAAAUCCUCAUCAUCAAGGGUGGUGGUGGCGGAGGAGGUCACGGAGGUGGAGGGUCCCUAACGGUAGCGGGACCCACCCACGUCAUCAAGACCGUCCACCAAGUCCGAACCAUCGAUCAAGGAGGACAGAUCCUCUCUAAGUCCGGAGGAGGAGGCGGCGGCCAACAGGCUAAGGUUCUCAUCGCCAAGGUCGCCGGAACCGCUCAAAUUCAGCAGGGAGGACACGGAGGAGGCGGUGGCGGUGGAGGCGGAUGGCAGCAGGGAGGAGGAGGUGGCGGAGGAGGAGGUGGAUGGCAACAAGGUGGAGGAGGAGGAGGUGGCGGAGGAUGGUAA